AUGUAUAAUACAGAUAAAAUUACACAUUCUGGUGACUUUGGAAAUACAGAUAAAAUUACACAUUCUGGUGACUUUGGAAAUACAGAUAAAAUUACACAUUCUGGUGACUUUGGAAAUACAGAUAAAAUUACACAUUCUGGUGACUUUGGAAAUACAGAUAAAAUUACACAUUCUGGUGACUUUGGAAAUACAGAUAAAAUUACACAUUCUGGUGACUUUGGAAAUACAGAUAAAAUUACACAUUCUGGUGACUUUGGAAAUACAGAUAAAAUUACACAUUCUGGUGACUUUGGAAAUACAGAUAAAAUUACACAUUCUGGUGACUUUGGAAAUACAGAUAAAAUUACACAUUCUGGUGACUUUGGAAAUACAGAUAAAAUUACACAUUCUGGUGACUUUGGAAAUACAGAUAAAAUUACACAUUCUGGUGACUUUGGAAAUACAGAUAAAAUUACACAUUCUGGUGACUUUGGAAAUACAGAUAAAAUUACACAUUCUGGUGACUUUGGAAAUACAGAUAAAAUUACACAUUCUGGUGACUUUGGAAAUACAGAUAAAAUUACACAUUCUGGUGACUUUGGAAAUACAGAUAAAAUUACACAUUCUGGUGACUUUGGAAAUACAGAUAAAAUUACACAUUCUGGUGACUUUGGAAAUACAGAUAAAAUUACACAUUCUGGUGACUUUGGAGUGCGCUAA